AUGUGUAUCGGGGGGGGCGCGAGCGGCCGGGCGGCAUGUGGCGGCGAAAUGGCUUGGUUGUGUGGUGGUGGACCACCGUGUGCCGGGGAGUUCCCUGGCGGCGCGCGGGGGUGCAAGCGGGGACCGAGUACGAGUGUCGCUUCGGGAGCACUGCCGCGCGACGCGGGCGGGACGGUAGUGUCGUCUCAGCUCUUGGACCGACGGCUGUGUCAGCGGGGUGGCAUGAGGAGCGCGUCAAGGGCCGCCCUUGAGGGUACGCGAACGCAUGCGCUAUUUAAACCCUCCCCUGGCACCUGCAGUGCGGCACUCUGA